AUGAAACUCAAGAAAAACACGGUUAAACUGAAAGCGAGACUAAGGAUGUUUACGCAGCCGAUUUCGACAAGCGCCUUUCCUCUCCGAAAAACGCACCUGCCCUCCCCACCGCCAGGUCCCCGCUCCGCCGGCGGCCCCACACCCCCGGGAGGUACCGGCGGUCCCGGGCCCCGCGUACGCCGCACGGCAACGCCCAGGCCGCUCCGCUCGGACAAAAGCCGCCUGCAGGAGCGGGCCCGGGGCGCAGCCAGGCCGCUGUUCAUCAACGUCUGCAGCUGGAAGAGGGUCCCGGCGCCCAAGGCCCCCGCCGACCCCAUACCUGUCAGUGCGGGGCCGCUUCAAGAAGUAUCUGGCGAAGGAGGUACCAUUAUAGAUAUUGCAUAUAAUCCAGAUGUUCUUCAGAGGGGAGAAGAAAGCCCAGAAAACAUGGAACACUUGAUCCUUUUGACACUUAAAUUUGUUGAGGAACGAUGCAACCUUAUUCUUUCUUACUUGUACACCAUUGAAUCAUUCAAAUUGAAAGGAAGCCGGGAAACGAUGCAGCAACGUCUGAAAGGAAGGCAGAUGCCAACUCCACAUCUCAGUCAGAGCACAAAGAAGGAACUGACACUUGAUCAGCUGCUACACACUAUGGAGGCUGAGGACUGCAGCAAUGCUCCUGUGUUGCUGAAGGAAGAAAGUGUGACACAGUCUAAAGUGCAUCUGAUAGAAGAAAUUACCAGUACUGAAAUGCCAGAGAAGCUAAGUACCCCAGUCUAUGAAAUUAUCACAGUGAAGGAUGCAAACAAGAAACCACUCAAAAUUGAACUCAAAAUUGAAUUGCCUAAGGUUAGCUCUGUUUCUGAGUGCGAUCUGAGAAUUUCAAAGGAUGACAUCAUCAUUGAAGUCCCUGAAAAAUACAAAUUACAACUAGAUCUGCCAGAAGUGGUGGAUGAAGAAACAACUACAGCAGUAUUUCACAAAGGAAAACGAGUAUUGUUUAUCACAAUGCCAGUUGCCAAGCCAGAUCCUUAA